UGUUACAUAUCAAAACUGGAUCCCAUAAUUCCUCCUUUGCUUUUACCAGUACACACACACAGUCGCAUAUUAUGCAUAUAGUUAGCUUAUCUUAGCUUGUAGCUAGGAUAAUAAUAACAAUUAACAAACACAUAAUUAUUUAAUUAAUUUUAUCUAUUGGAUGAUGGAUACGAUGGAAUCGUCGAGUGAGACCCCCACCCCCACAAAUUCCUCAAUGUCUUCCUCUUCUCCAACCCCUCCGGCCACUCCGCCGCCGCCGGUGGCCAUCGUCAGCCCCUGCGCCGCCUGUAAGAUCCUGAGGCGGAGAUGCGCCGAGAAAUGUGUGCUUGCGCCGUAUUUUCCACCGAAUGAUCCUCUCAAGUUUACCACCGCUCAUCGUGUAUUUGGAGCCAGUAAUAUCAUCAAACUCUUACAGGAAUUGCCGGAGGCGAAAAGGGCGGAUGCGGUGAGCAGUUUGGUGUACGAAGCAAACGCUCGGGUGAGAGAUCCGGUGUACGGAAGCGCCGGUGCAAUCUGCCAGCUCCAAAACCAAGUGAACGAGCUCCAAGGCCAGCUCGCGAUGGCUCAAGCCGAGCUUCUCAACCUCCAGCUCCGGCAGGCCAAUCUCAUGGCCAUGUUUUAUACGCAGGCCGCGGCAAAAGCCCCUCACCAUCAACAACUCUCAUCAUCCAUUGUUGAUGAUGAUGAUGAUCGUCAUCGCACCAUAAACCCCAUACAUAAUAGCAACCAGCUAACCAGCUUCCUUGAAGACAGUAAUCCCGUGGGAAUUGAUAUUUUUGGGAUCAAUCUAGCUAGCUUUAUUGAAUCUUGACACCAUUAUAUAUAUAUAUAUAUAUAUAUAUAUAUAUAUAUGCCUAUCCAUGUGUACGUACGUACGUAGAAAUAUAUCUCAAUAUAUACACAUUAAAGAUCUAUCAUGCAUGCUGCAUGCAUGAUAUAUAGGAGUCAGUUGCAUCAGUUUAUGCACAUUGUUGUAUAAAUUGCAGUAUACUACUCCGUAUUAUUUUCUCUUUCGAAUUAAGUAGGGUGUAUUAUAUUGUUCUGAAUGUGAGAGCCCACUUACAUUGAGAUGUUUUCUUACAUCAACCAUUAAUUUACUAAUUUACAUCACUUAUGUAUUCAAUA